AGUAGCUGGCGGCAACACAGCCUUAGCCAGUGCUAGGGGCAGAGAAGCGGUAGGGCCUCUCUGGCCUCCAGAACUUCAGCACCCGAGACAGCUCCAACACCCUCCAGAAGACAGGUUCCGGAGGUGCACCAUCCCCAAGAGCCUGAGAUGGAAGCCAGAAGCAAGCCCCAGCUCCUUGCAGUCGUGAUGCUUCUUAGUGUGCUCUUCUCCCAAGCAAUGACCUGGCCUCUUUUCGGACCACUGUCUGCUUUGGGGAUGGAUGACAGGGUACCAUAUGAAGGAGCAAAUGAAAGUGAUCAAGUUUCAUUAAAUACAGACUCUGACAUCUUGCAAAGUGCAUUAGCUGAAAAUGGCACACCCUAUUCUGAUGUAUCCAGAAAUUCCAGACAUGUUGAUUCACUGUUUACCAAUGACUUUACUAGGCUGUUGAGGCAACUAUCUGCCAAAAAAUACCUUGAGUCUGUGAUUGGAAAACGACUUAGCCGUAGCAUCUCAGCAUACCCUGCACUGGUCAAACGCCACACGGAUGCCGUCUUCACCGACAACUACACCCGCCUUAGGAAACAAAUGGCUGUGAAGAAGUACUUGAACUCAAUGAGGCAUGGGAAAAGGAGCAUUGAGGGAGACUCUCCUGGCUUUCCUGAAGAGCUGGAAAAAUGAUUUUAUAAAGAUCUUUGGAGCAAAGCUGAUGACAAGUGAAUUCUUGAAGACAAAUGAUAAAGUAAUUACAUUUUGAGUUCUGCAUAACUAAUUCAAGAAAACAACUUCAAUAGCAAAACCAAAUAAAUUAUACUGUGUUGUGAAUGUUGUGGUUUAUUUUAUUCUAAUGUAAUAAUUGUGAUGUUUACAUUGUAAAUAUUAUUAGAAAGUUCUGAAAUUUGUUUUUAGCUUAUAAGAGGUCUGUAAUUUCAGAUGAUAUAUAUUCUUUCUAACAAAAAUAUGUUUAAUGAUAAGUAGACAAUAGGAUAAUUCCAUUUAUAUGAGGUUUUCUGGAAGGGUAGUAACAGAGGUAAAUCGAUGGGUUUAUUUAUAUAGUGUAGAUCACUAUUCAGAAGAGCAGAUAAGCAGGGUGUCUACAUUUGGAUGAUGAGCAGUUAGAAUGCUGUGUUAACUAAAUCUCAGAAUAUCUAAGAGAAUAUCAACAACUAUGAUAGACAUUCUCAAAACAGAUCUUCAGAAUAUUCUGUUUUCACAUUCAUAGACAACUUUAAUUCUAAUGGGAUUUUUUAAAACUCUCAAAUUUGGAUCUCUACUCACCAAAGGCUUUAUUCUGACUUAGUGUUUUAGUUAAGAGGUUUGACCUGCACUUCUGACUGGGUUUGUGUAAAGUAUGUGCAAAAUAUAAAUGGAAUGGAAUGUUUGUUUUCCAGGAAUAAAUAUUUUUCCAUAAUCCUUCUGAAUAAUAUUUAGUCAUAUCAGCUUCUUUUAGUGAAAGUAGGUUUGGAGACACAACUAUUUUUCCAAAAUGAUUGUAAGAACUAAAUAUAGAAAAUAAAGACCUUUGAUUAUUAUUGCAGAUAGUUUUUGUUGUUCUGAUUCUUUUAAAUGAUUCAACAAUAACUCGUUUUGGCUUUAAAGUCCCAGGCACUAAAUGGUUUCUGUGAUGUCUGAAGUAGAAUUGCUUUUGAUGGUGUGUAAGUGCUAAAAUAACAGUGACAAAUAAGUGGGAGGUUUCUUUCGUACAGAAAGACAGAAGUUAAGUGUCGAUGCUGUAAUGCUCCUGAUUCCCCAAGCUCUUGGGAAUUUAAACCCUUUCGAGCUCAUUCAUUACUUCCCAGGAAGGGACGUUUCUCAGGGUUCAUAUUCACAACUAAGGUUCUAGCCAUUCUCUCUGCAUUCCAGACAGCUGGGUGGAAAGUGGGUGGGGGGCAUGAGAAAAAGGCAGCAAAGGGUAUGCGCUGGUUGUUUCUGAGCUGCUGUUUUACACUAACAUUCCCUUGACUGGAACCAGUCUUGUGGCUAUAGCUAUAGCCAUUUGCAAGAUACGAUGUGAAAUGUAGGCUUCCCCAUCCAACACUCCAAACACCACACUUAAAACUGAGAUUCUAUUUAUGUAAAAUAAUAAAAGAAGAGAUGUAUGUGGGGAUUUGCUUUUGAAAUUCCUAAAUUCACACCAAAAAGACAUAAAGAAUACGAUGACAUAAUAAAGAAGGAUCCUUCCCCAGAACAAAGCUCUGCCUAUUUUCAUUUGCUACAUUUACAACUGGCCACACAGGGAGGGGCUGUCCUGGAGAGAACAGUGGUUGCAAAGUAGUUUAUACAAGUUAAAAUGAAUUGGUUGUAUUGUAUCUCUUGUCCUCAUCUGAUGCCACAAGUCAUUAACUAUUUCUUAUUGACCUUGCCAGGGAACACGCUGUAGUGGAAGCAAUUUCUAGAUAUUAUUUGUACCCAAGGAGACUGUAUAGAUGAAGUGGGGGCAUUAUUUGAAUGUGAAACUAAAGAGUUUUAAUUGUUUCCUCAUGUAAAUCUUUUUAAUUUAAUCCUAUUCAUUCAAAAAAUAUUUCUUAAAUGACUGUGAUGUAUCAUAGAGAUGUCUCAGAGACUGCUCUGGACAGGGGGACAGCAAAGCAACCGCAAACCAGGAAACAGUCCAGUAAGGAAACCCAUGUGGCCACUGCACUAUGGGCUGACGGAGACCAAACAGGAGAUGGAGUGGAUGAGAUGACCCGGGCUUGGACCUUGUGGAUCUCAUGAAAGACUUGAGAAAUGACAUGAAGAAAUAUUGCAGAAGAUCAUACUAAAAGUGACCAAUGUUUUCUGUAACAAAAGCAUCAUAGUAAUAAAUGCAUGAGUGUUUA